GUCAUCACGCCGCACUUGUCACCUGCCACCUGUCAGCUGUGUCACCUGGUGUAUUAGCAAUCGUGUAAUUUCCUAGAUGACCGCGUAGAACAUACAUAUAUACCUAUAUAUGUAUAUAUAUAGAUUUUUUUAGUAGGUGAUAUUCUUAUGUUAAGUGCUUCAUCUGAAAAUUUUAUUAAGCAUGGCUCCAUUUCCCAGAAGACUACACACCAGCACAUGACUUUAAUCCGUUUCCUGUCAUGGCCUCUGAUGGUUCACCUUCCCAAGAUCCUCAGAAGAAGAAAAAGAAGACAAGCAGAAAGGGGAAGGGUGAAGACAUAAAGGACGCAGAGGUCCAGGUUGAGGUUCAACUAGAGAGACUUACAGCAUGUGGACAUAACGCUCUACAGCAGGGAGACAGAUUGAAGGCUCUUGAAUACUUCAAAAAGGCUUUCAAAGCUGCUGUAAAUCUCAACAAGGCAAAAGUACAACGGGCUUGUGCUUUUAACCUUGGAGCAGCAUAUGUGGAGGCAGGUAAGCCCCAGAAAGGUCUUGAUUUUCUGUCUCAAGCUGAGACAAGUGAGAAAGGUGAGCGUGUGGCAGAUUUGCAGUUUAAUCUAGCAGCAGCACAUGAGGCUCUGGACGACCAUUUACAAGCUGUCAAGUAUUACCAACAAGCUGCACACCUUUAUCGCUCACAAGGAGAUGGGAGCAGUGAAGGAGAUACCUGCAUUAGACUGGCCCACUGUCACCUGCGCAGAAAGGAGUGGACUAAUGUGGCAGAGAAUUACCUGCGUGCUGCAGAAAGUUAUAAGGUGGCAGGGAAGAUGGUCUCUGCUGCUGUGGCCCUGAAGGAUGCUGGGAAUCAUAUGUUGAAAUGUGACUGCUUCUCAGCAGAUGAUGUCAUUAGUGUUCUCACAGAUUGCUUGGAGCUGAGUGCCAAAAUCACAGAACCAGAGACACUAGGCAAGCUGUAUAACUCAGUGGGGUUGAGUUUCUCUCAACUGAAACUCUUUACUGAGGCUGCUGAGUGCUAUGAGCUGGCUCUGCCUCUGGUCUGCUCAACUCCACGCAGGCUAGCUGUGGUCAUGCAGAAUCUGGGCGCGGUCCACAAUUCCCUGGCACAAUUCAGUAAAGCACUGGAAUACCACAGGGAAGCAGCUGCACUGCACGGGUCACUGGGUAGCCGUCGGGCUCAGGGCUGCUGCUUCUGUAACCUGGCUUACGCACUCAGCGAACUGGGGGAACUGGAGGAGGCAGGAGAGAGCUACCUACAUGCUCAACAGGCUUUCAAAGACAGCAAUGAUUCCUCAGGGCACUGGCAAGCAUGUGAAGGUCUGGGUGGAAUCAAAUUGAGACUGAGAGACCCAGACAAAGCCAUUUUUUACUAUAAGCAGGCUCUAGUGCUACUCUCCAAGUGCAAGGAUGUCUCUAGCUCUGUGCAGGAAAGCCUUGUCAACAAGCUAAGUGAGGCUUUACAGAUGAAACUGGCCAUUCAGCAGAAAGUCCCCCCUGUAAUUCAAACUAUCAAGGAGAGAAACUUGAACAGGCAACACCUCCGAAUAGCUCAGAGGAGGAACGCUGAGGAAGUGAUGGCUGAGCAGAGAAGAAAAGAGCCACCUGACAGUCACAGAGUAGAAGAUAAAGAAUGGAAACCUACAGAGACAAGUUCACAGAGGAAACCCCAUGGUGACAUAAUAUCAUCAAGAGCAACACAAACAGAGCGUCCUGAUUAUACGAAUGCACUACCAGAAGCCAACAGGAAUCUGAAUAAUACAUAUGAGAAACCUCGUAUGGAAUAUAAUAAUCCCACAGACUCCCAUUUAGGAGAUAUCAUCUCACAACAGGAUGAAGGCACAUGUGAAACCUCCAGGCAGAACCCACUGGAAAUAACCAGUGCAACCCCACUGGAGGAAAGCACUGAGGCAUUACCUUCAGCACAUCUUCACCGUGAGAAGUCCACAUCCAUACAAAGAACCAUAAAGUCCAGAUUUUGCACGGUCAUGUGACAACAGCCAAGUCAUAUAUGUCCUUCCUCUUCCAGGGAUUUUAUAAGAACAGCUCCGGUUUCUUUUUCAAAUAUAAAACUGAAGUACAUUCUUUCUGGCUGACCUGGAAAAAAAAACACAGGACACAUGGCCUAUUAGAAAUACUGAUUAAAUCUACUGAUGCCAUAUGAAAAUCUUAUUUUGAAACAUUAUGUGUAAUCAUAAACGAUCUGAUGACUGCUCUUCUCA